CAUGUGCUGGAUUGUAGGUGCGUCAGAUAAUACGAAAUCAGCAUUAUUACAGUUACCAGAUCUUUGAUUCUUAUUAUGCAAAUUUUAUUUUACUUUUCGCCGUUGCAUUGUAUUUUAGGUUACUUUAAUUGGUAAGUCUUCUGUUUGCUUUUCUUUAUACAACCAUGCAAGGAAAAUCGGACUCUGAUCAUUUUCCACCAUCCCAUUUAUCCGUGGCUUUUUAGGCUAAGUUUGGCUGGUAAUACAUGGACUGCAACCAUUGAUGGCGUUACUGUUGAAGAGGUCAUUGAUCCAUUAUUUGUUUUGUUUUUUAUGUGUUUCAUCUGCAGUUGCGAUCUGUGCCAGCGAUCUCGGCAUGGCAGGAUUUCUCACGUCAGCUGUAUCUCUGACCCAUCCCGAAUUUCAAAGUAAUGCUUACAUUGAUUAUGGCGUAUUCAUUGGAAUCUUGGUGUUACAUGGAUGGAUGAACACGCUUCCGGUGCGAUCCAUUGGCUUCAUCAACAAUUUGUCCGUUUGGUGGCAUAUCAUGGGUAUCAUGUUUAUUGUUAUUGUCGGACUGGUCCUCACACCCAACAAACCUUCUGCUUCAUUUGCUCUCGGUCACUUUUACAACGGCACCGGAUUCGAAACUAAUGGCUACGCGUGGUUGUUGGGUCUGUUGCAAGCUCAGUUCACACUGAACGGAUACGAUUCCGCCGCUCACGUGAGUGAAGAAACACGAUCGGCUCAACGUGGAUCGCCACUGGGCAUUGUGCUGGCUAUUGGUAUUUCGGCCGUGGCCGGAACGGUUCUCAUGAUGGCCUGCGCAUUCAUGAUUCAAGAUUUCGAUCGUCAAAUCUUGCAUUCCCAUUAUUCCAUGACCAUUACUCAGGUGUUCCUCGAUGGAACAGGAACCGCGUGGACCAUGUGGUUCCUCGUGAUCAUCUUGGUGGCCAUGUAUUUCGCAGGCGCUGCGGUGAUUGUAGGCUCUUCCCGACAAACGUACGCUUUUGCUCGUGAUGGUGCGAUGCCCUUUUCCAGUUGGCUUGUUAAACUGACUCCUGCUAAAGUGCCGGCCAAUUCGGUGUGGUUCAACAUUAUUUUCUCGGCUAUUCUUGGUAUUCCUUACAUGUUUAGCGACGUGGCUUAUGAAACCAUUGUCUCCAUCAAUACCAUUGCCGCCAAUUUGUCUUAUUUUAUCCCCAUUUGGCUUCGCAUCACCAUGGCCAGAAAACGAUUCCAAAAAGGACCUUAUAACAUGGGUGCCUUUUCUAUACCAUGUGGUAUUAUCGCGUGCAUGUGGAUCGCGUUUACUUCAGUGCUUUUCAUUCUACCAACGCAAUACCCGGUCACGGCCAAUAACAUGAACUUUGCCAUUGUUCCCUUUGCUGCGGUCAUUGGCAUCGCUUCAUUGGUAUACGUGUUCUCUGGCCGUAAAUGGUUUACCGGUCCCGUGCGUAAUAUUGAUACCAUUAUUGUCCAAGAGGAAAAUGGCAAAGUGAUUCGCGAAACGCGCCGUGUGAUUCUAUCGGAUGAAGCUGAUCUGGCCGACUGUGAUGAAAUUGGAAGCCAGGAUAUCUGGGUCAGUGAAGCCACCACUUCAAUCAAGCCAAGUCAAUCCCUUAAACGGACAUAA